AGCGUGACGCAGUAAUUUCUAUUUCGAAUGAUUUGGGACGACCAAAGGCGAUCAGUUUUUGGCAAGCUUGGCGUCUUCCGGGUGUUUUUGCGUAUUCGUUGGCAUAUGCGUGCCUCAAGUUGGUUAAUUAUUCAUUUUUCUUCUGGUUACCGUUCUAUCUCCAUGCUCAUUACGGAUGGAAAGAAUCUAUUGCUGAUGAACUAUCAGCUUGGUAUGAUAUAGGUGGUAUCGUUGCUGCAGUUAUUGCUGGCAUUGCUUCUGAUCAUUUUUCGUCACGUACUCCAGUUUUGGUAUGCAUGCUAAUUUUUUCAAUGGGCUCGUUAUUUGCUUAUGCUAAUUCACCAGACAAUGUUUUGAUUAAUUCAUUCCUAAUGGCAUUAACCGGAUUUUUUAUCGGUGGACCGGCUAAUCUAAUAUCGUCUGCUGUUUCUGCUGAUCUUGGAAAGGCUGAACAAAUCAGGGGAUCAUCGGAAGCACUGAGUACAGUUACAGGUAUUAUUGAUGGGACUGGUAGUGUUGGUGCAGGAAUUGGUCAGCUUUUUAUUCCAGAAAUUGAAGCUGUGUUUGGUUGGACAGCUGUCUUCUACGGUUUUAUUGUUAUGAUGCUCUGUACAAUUCUAUGUUUGACACCGCUGUUAUGGAAAGAAAUAGCCAACAGACGAAAUCCUCGUUACGUGCAUCUGCAUUCCGAGGACAGUAAUGACUCUCUAGGAUCAUAUUUCGAUAGCGCGGCAGAUUCAGCUAUGGAUACUUCACAGUUACCAGUAAGAGCCAGACAUCGAAAUUAA